AAUGUAUAAUGAAUACGAUGAAAAUAGCUCGAAAAAUAUCUAAUAUUUUAUUCAUCGGUUUAUAUGCUCGAUGCUUGCCUAGGUGUAUAAUAUUGUACAGUUGUAUGUCAAAAUGGCCGCAGAACAUGUAGAGACGCGCGAUGUCACAAAAAUUAUGAACAACUCGACGAAGCCUAAGAAGAUUCUAUUAUUUUCUGGCAAGAGAAAAUCGGGAAAGGAUUAUAUCACCGACAUUUUGCAUAAAAGGAUUGGUCCAGAAAAGAGCAUUAUUAUACGAUUAUCAGGACCUAUCAAAACACAUUGGGCUAAAUCUUUGAAUCUUGACAUUGAUCAAUUGCUGGGACAUGGAAAGUACAAAGAAAAGUAUCGACUUGAAAUGGUCAAGUGGGGAGAAGAUAUGAGAAAAGAAGACUACGGCUAUUUUUGUCGUGCUGCUAUUGACAUGUAUAAUGCAUGGGGCAAGACAAUAUGGAUAAUAAGUGAUAUCAGAAGAAAAACUGACAUUAAAUGGUUUAUAGAAAAUUAUGGAGAUCUAUGUAAGACUAUACGUAUAGUUUGCCCUGAUGAAAUUAGACAAAAACGUGGCUGGGUUUAUACAUUAGGCAUAGAUGAUUCAGAAACAGAGUGUGACUUGGACGAUGUAAAUACUUGGGAUGUCUUGCUGGAAAAUGAUGAUGGCAAUGAUAUAGAAACUAUAUUACAACAGUUGCUAGAUGUAAUUAGUUAGCACAAAUUUUUUUGCCAUGGUAUGUGCACAAUAAAGGACAGUUCACAAUCUUCAA